AUGCCGAUGGGUAUAGUGGCUACUCUUUAUCCGUUACCGACAGCCAUAAAUACACUUUUGCGACAGAAGUUGUCGGUUCCUCAUACUGAUGGGUAUAGUGGCUUUACUCUUUAUCCGUUACAGACAGCCAUAACACACUUUAUGACAGAAGCUGUGUCGGUACCUCCUUUCGAUGGGUAUAGUGGCUACUCUUCUUUCCCGUUACCGACAGCCAUAACACCUUUUGCGACAGAAGCUGUGUCAGUACACCUCAUACCGAUGGGUUAUGGUGGCUACUCUUUAUCCGUUACCGACAGCCGCAAUUACACUUUGCGACAGAAGUUGUCGGUACCUCAUACCGAUGGGUAUAGUGGCUGCUCUUUUAUCCCGUUACAGACAGCCAUAACACACUUUGCGACAGAAGCUGUGUCAGUAAUUCAUACCGAUGGGUAUAGGCUACUCUUUAUCCCGUUACAGACAGCCAUAACACACUUUGCGACAGAAGGGUGUCAGUUCCUCAUACCGAUGGGUAUAGUGGCUACUCUUUAUCCCGUUACAGACGGCCAUAAAUAUCGCGACAGAAGCGACAGACCGAUGGGUGUGGCUCGGUACCUCACACAGUUUGCGACCGAUGGUGUAUACCGUGGCUAUAGUGGCUACUCUUUUCUCCGUUACCGACAGCCGCAACACACUUUGCGACAGAAGCUGUCAGUACCUCAUACCGAUGGGUAUAGUGGCUAUUUUAUCCUGUUACCGACAGCCAUAACACACUUUGCGACAGAAGCUGUGUCAGUUCCUCAUACCGAUGGGUAUAGUGGCUACUCUUUAUCCGUUACCGACAGCCAUAACCUCUUUGCGACAGAAGCUGUGUCAGUACCUCAUACCGAUGGGUAUAGUGGCUACUCUUUGUCCGUUACGAACCGGCCAUAUAACACUUUGCGACAGAAGCUGUGUCGUACCUCACCGAUGGUAUGGUGGCACUCUUUAUCCCCGUUACAGACCCGUUUUGCGACAGAAGCUGUGUCAGUACCCUCAUUUGGUGCCAUUAACCUCUUUAUCUUUGCGAUGCACUUUCCGACGAAGCUGUGUCGGUACCUCAUACCGAUGGGUAUAGUGGCUACUCUUUAUCCGUUACCGACAGCCAUAACACACUUUGCGACAAGCUGUGUCAGUUCCUCAUACCGAUGGACGGCCAUAACACACUUUUUGCGACAGAAGCUGUGUCAGUACCUCAUACCGAUGGGUAUAGUGGCUACUCUUUGUCCUGUUACAGACAGCCAUAACACACUUUGCGACCAGAAGCUGUGUCGACCUCAUACCGAUGGGUAUAGUGGCUGCACUCAUCCCGUUACGACAGCCAUAACACGACAGAAGCUGUGUCAGUACCUCCCGCCGAUGGGUAUAGGCUAA